AGAAAGCAGAACAGUUGAAAAGCAGAGAAGAUGAAUUCUACUGUGCUGCCUUGGACGGACUGAGACACUGUAGUGUGAAAAGAGAAUGUAUCUGCUGUCAGCCCUUCUCCUUCUGUGGCUCCCAGGUUGUUUCUCCGACGAAGCGGUAUGGGGCCAUCAACAUGUGAGGUAUGAAGAGAAUAGUUUGGCGACCAUAACGUGUCAUUAUGCCUCAGGAUGGGAGGAUUACGUGAAGUGGUGGUGCCGAGGAGCUGUUUGGAGUUCUUGUGAAAUUCUUGUUAAAACCACAAAACGGGUUAGCACGAAUGGCCGUGUGUCCAUCCAGGACGAUACCACGGCGCGCAGGUUCACGGUGACGAUAAGAAACAUCAGAAAAGAAGAUGAAGGCGCUUAUUGGUGUGGGAUUGAGAAGGCAGCAGUUGACCGUGGAUUCCAGAUUGAAGUGACUGUUUUCCCAGCAUCAACCACAGUGAGGACAACCACCACUACCACACCAACCACCACAACUACAACUGUGACAACAAGCACAGGAAACACCACGGGAAUGGUAAACAACUAUUCUUUUGAAAGGUUUGAAAUCACUGAUCUCCAGGUCCUACUGCCCAUCAUCUUUGGCAUUUUGUUGGUAAUGUUGGUGGGGACCUCAAUUCUGGCUUGGAGAAUGAUGCUAAGACAGAGGAAAGGUCAGGAGCCAGCCCUGGAAGCUGAAAGACUUGCUGAGCCGGAACCCCAGCCGACAGAGGAAGGCAUUUGUUAUGCAAAUCUGACCCUUCAUCAGGGGACAUCCAGAGACUCCCCUCUAGAUUCUCCAAAGACAAAAGCUUCUUCUCUCCAAGCCUCCUCCAGAGUCAGUAGCAUCCACGAGGAAGUGGAAUAUGUCACAAUGGCUGACCUCAAAGAAAAGGAUAUAUCCUAUGCUACCCUAUCUCUGGAUACCCCAGGCCAGAACCCAAUAUACUGCAACACAGAACAACUGAGCUCCCACUAUCCCCUGAGAAAUCCUAUUGAGAAUACUGAAUACAGUUUGUAAAAGAAGAUUUAGUUUCUCUCUUAGUACCUUCUUGUCAGACCUUAGCUCUGCCUUGACUUGUUUUUUCCUUCUUCCUCCUCUUCUUUCACCUUCUUCCAAGGACAUGUACUCUGGCCUCUGGCUAAAGAACAUGCUUAAGUAGAAAAUUCUAAUUGGCCUCAUGUUUUCUUGGGUGGUGGAGACUGUCCAUUGAAAGAGGAGCUGCCCACUUGGUAAACUUAAAAGAAAAAACAGCUUCCAUUCAUUCCUUCCUUUUCUCUUUUUGGAGUGUGACAUUUGGGCAUCAGAAAGCCUUUCCCUAUGACUUCUAAUGAGGAGAGAGGGGAAAUUCUACACCUUACCCCCAAGCAAUGACAACUGCACACAGUCUGCAACAAGAACAUAAUGGGUCUGAGACUGGACCUCAAGUCGCUGGCUGACUCUUCUGCUUUGUGUUUCUUGCCCUGAACAUGGGGGAUUGAGCAGUGAUCCUGAGAUAGAUGUUUCUACCCUUGCCAGAAGCCUUGUAGGUUCAACAUGUUGGGAGUCAUUGAGUCUACAUGUUGGUCACCCAGAAGGAAGUGAUCAGCACAACUUCUUGGAGGAGAGAUGACUACUGCCAGGAGGACACUACAGAUAAAAGGACUAAGAAAGUCUAUGCUCAGUCCUGGCUUGCCAAGAGAUCUGGACUUGUGCAUAGGGCAAAUGGUAUAAGCUAGAGAGGAAAGUGAAAAAUUUGUUCAGCAGUAGUCUUCAUUUCCUGUGAGAUUAUAGUAGUAAUUAUGUGUUAUUGUAUUAUGUUUUAAAUAUUUGUUAAAGCGUAGUUAAAAGUA